UUGACGAAUUUAAGCUAUUUUAGAAUGAAACUCGUUGUAGUUGCUUUGGUACUAACGCUAGGGUACGCCUCAGUGCCCCCAAACUUCAAACGAUGCCUUAGAAAAGACCCUGAUUUUAACAAGUGCUAUCUAGAAGCCGCCCAAUAUGGGGCCUCUCUAUUGACAAAACGGUACGACCAGUUGGACAUUCCAAAUCUCGACCCAUUUAAAGUCACCUCUUUGGUUUUACGUACUGGGCAAGGACCCGUUAAUCUAGAACACAACUACACCGACUGCAGUGUCUAUGGCCUAACCACCAUAAAAUUCGACAUUUUCGAGUUGGACUUGGAAAAAAAUACUUUAAUGGCAGAUGGUACUAUCGACCAAAUGGUCUUCAAAUGCAGCUACCACAUGACCGGACGGAUUCUUCUUUUGGCAGUUCGAGGUGAUGGCAACAGCACGAUUACCUUCAAAAGAUUUCGGGCGAAGUAUAAAGCCGCCUUUGACAAGUAUUUGAAGAACGAGCAGACUUAUUAUAGGACGGUUAACACCCAGAUGGAGUCGGACGUGGAACAUGUGCACUUCGACUACGAUAAUCUUUUUAACGGGAAUAGGGAGUUGGGCGAUAAUCUUAAUUUCGUGCUUAAUGACAACUGGAGGACGGUUUUUGCCGAUGCUAAGGCGGAUUAUGACGAGAUUGUGAGGCAGAUUAUGACCGAUGUGAUGGAGAAGAUUUGGGGUUCGACUUCGUUGCAGGAGUUUUUUGAUUAGUGGUUGAUAAAAUAAUCGGUGUGUUUGCAUUCUUUGAUUUGUUUUUUUUUUAAAUAUAGAAGAUUUAAUAUUCCUUAAAAAA